UAUCUUUCGUAGUUGAAUUGUUAGCGCAGUCAUGGCCGAUCAAGUACAAUUAAUUUUCCUCCUCAUCAUAGCAUUGAUGUAUGAUGCACUUCUUGCGAGUGAAGAUAACCCUCGCGUGGUGCAAUUUGUAGAAGUAAGGGCGAAUCUUAAUAAUGUAGUUGAUAAACUGUUACCAUCCAUACGUAAAACCAUCUUAAAAAAUGGAAUGGAUCCUAUGCAACUCGUCGAUAUUUCCGAAUAUAUUUUCCCACACUUGCCUGGAAAACUCAAGGGAAACAUCGACUUAAAGAAGGGAUGGAUGCAAAACCUGUCGCAAAUAAAACGCAGCAACAACGUGACUGCAAUAUACAAGGACAAACGUUUAUCAUUGGACAUGAAUUUGGGAUUUGACGUUAUGGAUUUUAACUACGAAUAUUAUCUGCAACAUUUAUUGUAUAAGAGACAUGGUGAUAUGUACGGUCGCUUCUACAAACUUGAUGUCAACGUCGUGAUGUCGGUUGAUUUGCUUAAUUAUUACUUGAUUCUUGACUCCAUCAAGUUUUCUGACGUCUGGAAAUAUGACAUCAAAUUCGAGGGUCGUCUUUUGGAUCCCAUUUUGAACGCUGCAACUAAAGUAAUCACAUCAAUUUUUCGUAAUCAGGUAUUGACAGUUAUUGAGAAUUAUGCCAAGUUGAUCUUUAGCGCGAAACUUGAUGAGUGGAACAAAAUUUCACAGCCAAAUCGCACGGCAUUGAUAGAAGAAUGGCUUGACAUUGUGAAAAUAUAACAAAUAUAAGAUAACAAAUCUAC